AUGGCACUGACAUCGUGGAAAGCCUUCCGCUUCUUCGAUGUAUCUCACGUCCGCCUUCCGGAUGCGAACGGCGAGGAUGCCAUUUCACUAGAUCAAUCGAGCAUCAGCUGCAUAGCUUCUGGAGCGACCAACAUAUUCGUUGGAACACCCACUGGCCAUGUACACCUUCUGGAUCAGACGUUCAAGUCGACUCGAUCAUGGAAAGCUCACGAUGCUGGCAGCGUGACCCACAUCGAGAAGAUUCACGAUACUCCAUAUCUAUUGACUCUUGCUGAGACUUUGUCGUCAGAACCUGAGCUGAAGGUAUGGACCAAGGACCAGAACGACAAGAAGACCGGCAACCCAAAAUGUCUUUGCCACUUGACUGUACAGAACGGACGCAAGAACUUCCCAGUGACUGCCUUUUCUGUGACGAGCGACGUGGCACAACUGGCUGUAGGCUUUGGCAAUGGAGCUGUCACCGUCGUCCGUGGUGACUUGAUUCACGAUCGCGGCACCAGGCAACGUACCGUGUUCGAGUCUGAGGAACCCAUCACCGGCCUGGAAUUCCGGGAGGCAAACACGACUGCACUCUAUAUCGCCACGACUUCCCGUAUCCUGGCACUCGCAAUCACUGGAAAAGCUCAAGGGCAGCCGGCACGGUCACUAGAUGAGCACGGUUGUGCCGUGGACUGCAUGAAGCUGGAUCCCCAUUCAAAUGAGAUUGUGGUUGCCCGAGACGAUGCCAUCUACACAUAUGGACCUCGCGGAAAGACUGGCUCGAGCGCUUACGAGGGCGCCAAGAAACUGCUCAGCGUUCACAGUGACUAUGUCUUGAUUGUGUCUCCGCCUGCCAACAACAUCGGCAGAGCGACAGGUCUCCGCGCUUUUGCAGGCACAAGAGCGGAUGAGAUCUUCAACACCAGCACGUUCUCAAUACUCAACAUGGACUUGAAGUUCAUCGCCAUGACUGAGGCAGUCUCGAAUCAAAUCAACAAAAUCUUCACAAUCUGGGGCGAUAUCUUCCUGCUCACGAUUGAGGGCAAGCUGUAUCGGUACCACGAGAAGACCUUUCAGCAAAAGCUUGAGAUCCUGUAUCAGCGCAAUUUAUACGUCCUGGCGAUCAACAUGGCGCAGAAGUACAAAGUCGAUGCCGUACAACAGAACGUCAUCUUCCGCAGAUAUGGCGACUAUCUAUAUCAGCGAGGCGACUACGACACGGCGAUGCAGCAGUAUCUGCGAGCAAUUGACAACACAGAACCUUCACAGAUCAUACGGAAGUUCUUGGACAAUCAGCGCAUACACAACCUGAUUGAGUAUCUGGAAGAGCUGCAUGAGCACCACAAAGCCACGUCUGACCACACAACACUUCUACUGAACUGCUAUGCCAAAUUGAAAGAUGUCGACAAGCUUGAAGAGUUCAUCAAACAACCAGGUGACUUGCGCUUCGAUCUUGACACUGCCAUCAUAAUGUGUCGGCAGGGCGGAUACCACGAUCAAGCGGCGUUUCUCGCCAGGCGGCACGAAGAACAUGGUCUUGUUGUGGAUAUCUUGAUCGAGGACUUGAAGAAGUAUGCCGAGGCCCUGGCGUACAUCGUGCGAUUAGAACCUCAGGAGUCGUAUCCCAACUUCAUGAAGUAUGGCACCGUACUGCUAGAGCACUGCCCAAUUGAGGCCACUCAGCUCUUCAUCGACUACUUCACUGGCAACUUUAGACCGAAGAAAGACGCAGUCAUCGUACAAGAGACGCCAGCGGACCAACAACGAGCCGGCUUUGGUACCAUGGCCACAUCUGCGGCGCAGAACCUGGCUGCCCUCAUACCUUUACCCUAUAUGAACACAAGUUCGAUGCCGACGCCACCUUCGAGAAAUGGCACACAGACUACCGUCAGCCAGGCACAAGUCAUCGAGACCAUUACCGAAGGCGAGUCCAUUGAGUACGAAGUACCCAAACCGCGCGUUGCUUUCUCGUCAUUUGUGGACCACCCAGAUCAGUUCAUCACCUUCCUCGAAGCAUGCAUCAGUAGUAAUGGUGUCAAGCCGGAGAACAGAUCGGACUUGCAGACAACACUGUUUGAGAUCUACUUGCACAAAGCUAGCACCAGCGGCGGCGAGGAGAAGACGCACUGGGAAACAAGUGCCAAGAAGCUCAUUGAGGAGAAGAACGGGUCGAUCGACACCUCGAAUGUGCUCCUCCUCUCGGAUCUCGAGAAGUUCAGAGACGGUACGAUCAUCGUCAGCGAGAAGCAAGGCCUUCGCUUCGACGUGUUCCGCUCUUACACGGCUGCAAAAGACACGGCUGGAGCCAUCAAGGCGCUUCGAAAGUAUGGCCCAGAAGAGCCACAGCUGUACCCAGCAGCACUGGCAUACUUCACAUCAGAUCCCAAGAUUCUGCAAGAAGCCGGCGAUGAGGUGGAUGCAGUGCUCAAGAAGAUUGAUGAUGAUGGCCUCAUGGCUCCACUUCAGGUCAUUCAGACACUGUCCACCAACGCAGUAGCCACGAUGGGACUAGUGAAGAAGUACCUCUCCACUACCGUCCAACGCGAGCGGUCGGAGAUUGCAUCAAACAGAAAGCUCAUCUCAUCCUACCGCGCCGAUACCGUCCAGAAGCAAAACGAGAUCAAUGGGCUCAGCACGAAAUCUGUCGAGUUCCGCACCACGCGCUGCUCGAACUGUGGAUCUCCGCUCGAUCUGCCGACCGUGCACUUCUUAUGCAAGCAUAGCUACCAUCAGCGAUGCCUUAACAUUCCUGAAGGUCAGGAUGUGGAUGAUGCAGAACUGGAAUGUCCCACAUGCUCGCCACUGAAUAGGAUCGUGAGGCAGACGAAGCAGGCUCAGGAGGAGAGUGCAGGCAGGCACGAGCUGUUUACGGAAAGCCUGAAGGGAACUGAACGGGAUCGCUUCGGUGUCAUCGGAGAGUGGUUUGGACGAGGCGUGAUGAGUGCUAAGGGUGUGCAGGUUGCUAGUGAGUAA